UCCUUCGUCGCUGCUGUGGCAGUGCUGCACCCUAAUCCUAAUUUCUGUCUCGAUCAUCAAGUCAUGUUUCAACAUCUAUCGCGCGGUAAUUUCGCGUUAGGCAUCGGGCUUGGAUGCCACCGUCGUUUGGCUGUCUGCUAUCUUGUCUGAUUCCUGGGUUCCAGUCUAGUGGAACAUUUUGAAAUAGUUCUUCGCUGAUGCCGCGGAAAGAAAGAACGGCCAUCUUUCGGGUGAAACGUUUUGGCCCGCGGAUCCUCGCAACGGUCAUUACCAGUGUCAGUUAAACAAUAAAUCAAUCCCGUUGAAGACCACCAUAAAAGUUGUCGUGACUGUGCAAAAAAAAAAGAAACGAAAACAAUUUUCUACGAAAAGUGCAGCAAUUGGCCUGUCUUGUGGUGCUACUUUCGGUGUCAACAGUUCUGACAGCUCCUCCCUGACGUGGGGAGUAAACGAUCGUGUUGUUCCCGGGUUGCCGUUUUUAGACGGUUAUCCGGCCAGUUUCGCAGCCAGUACUGAGUUUGAAGUGUGCCAGCAUCCAUCAAAUGCCCCGGUGGGGUGUAGUUUCGUGCAUUCAAGAUGAAUAUACUAGGCUUAUUCUCUGCCGUAGUACUACUCACAAUGGAGGCUCUUUGUGCACAUUUGGUAGAAUUUGUGUCUAACUACAAAACAAACUCACAGAUCCACUACUCGUUCCGAUACUACAUUGACCAUCCACAGUCCGGCGUUUCUCUAGAUCACUGGGAAGAUCGUCGCGGUGACUACGUGCACGGUGGCUAUGGAGUUCUGGAUCCCGGAGGAUACGUUCGCACGGUACAUUACGAGGUUGAAGGAGACAGCGGCUUCCGGACGGUCAUCAAAACAACCGCCCCAGGCAGUUCUUCGCAGUAUAACAUCUACAGUGGGAAACGGGCCCAGCCUCCGCAGCCGGUGUGGAACACCCAGCCGGUUGCUUUCGUGCAAAGCGGCAAUAAAUCCUAGCUUCAUCUUGCACUUCGAUAUCAAACUUUACUGUCUCAGUACCACACGACUAACCGACAACUGGACAGUUAGGUACGCAAGUCAGCACUUCUUCUUUACGACGCUCCUUGUCACGAGUAUAAUAUUGUGCAACGAGAUGCACUUUCUUCGGGGCUAUAGCGAGUGACCCGUUAAAGUCUUAUUUAACCUCCUUUCCACUAACAAAACCAUGUCGUUCAAUUGAAUAAAUAACCGGAAUGAAAAGAGAAAAAAAACUAACCGAAAUCUGUCGCCACCGUCACUCGAGAUAAUGUAAAUAAAGUAAUUUUAAUGU